AUGAACGGCGACGAUCCACUAGUCCAGGCUCUGCCACCAGCAACCGACUAUCUUACCUACCUCACCCUCCUCGAAUACCAGUUGACCCCCGCACGCCUACCCCUCUUGCACCGUCUGCUACAAGAUGAGAAGCUCACCACCAACAUCGGCUGGGACCUAGUCAAGCUGCUCCUGCCUAUGCUUCCUGCCUCAACCGAGUGUUUGCAGGAUGUAGCUCGUCUAGGAAAUCCCCGAGAAGUCAUUUUGCGGGUGUGCGAGGCCCUGGAAAAUUUGCAGCCGGAGGAAGACGAGGACGAGGACGAGGAGGAAGGAGUUGAAGAGGCGGAUAAGGCACUGCCAAAACACGUUUUGCAAUUCAACUGUCUUCUAGCUAUGCUUUCAGUCUUGCAUACCCGUCUCCAGGCAAAACGACCUAGUCGAUUCAUCGCCACCUCUCUCAAAGCCGCCCUCGAAGCAUACGAGACAGUCACAUGCGACGAGACUACCUUGGCCCUCCUCGAAUUCCUUCGCGAUCUAUCUCCCAACAAGCGCCCAGCACCGCCACCUCGUGCCCCCAGCGAAUCGAGUGUUCUUCGUGUCUCAGAGGCAUCUGCGCCCGAUCCAGAGGCUGAGGUGCAGUCACCGUCGCCGGCCAAGGACAAUGAAACACAACUGGUUCGCAAAUUUAUCCAAUUCGGCUUGUUAGAAAUGCUCAAGCUCUAUUUAUUGAGCCUUUCAAGCCCGAUGGACCCCGGUAUGGCGUGGACGAUCCGGAUGCAGGAGAAAUUGAAUCCCAAUCUGCGGCUGCCGGCACAGUCGCAGACGGACGCAUACGGUAGCAUCAAGGAGUUGAGGGAGCGGGAUAUGAUUAUGGGGAAGAUUGUGGCUCUUUCACGAGACGUGGGCAUCGACAGCAAUGACCUUGUCUCCAUAAUUUCCCGGUCACCCGAACACCAGGCUCCUCAACUGGACUUUGAUGAGCUUCCAGAGACAGCCGAUCAGAUUCCCCUAGAGCGACAUGGUUCUCUGCUGCUCCUUGCGGCUCGAGCUGCCGGGGCGGUACUUUUCGCAUCCUCCCUGCGGCCGACGCCUUACGUGCCAGUCUUCCCAGACUUGGCCCAAAUUUUCUCCCAUUUCCUUGGGAGUAGUGAAAAUUUAGAAGAGGUCGCCUUUGGGCAACCACACGCUCUUUUGGAUUCCCUGCUGGCAUUGACUGUGCAUGCGACACAGUCAUCCGUUGCCGUACCCUCCAAUGAUGCCGAGUUUAAAGAUUUUCUUUUUACUUUGACCGCAUGCACAGCGAGACAGAGUCAUGGCAUAGUUCGGCAGAUACCAGCGAGCGUUUUGCGCAGCAAUCCAUCGCCCACCACACGGUUCAAGGUUAUUCGUCAGAUCUUGGAGAACAAUAGACUGAAGUCCGUUCGCGACACUGCCAUUUCCUGGCUCAAAGAUGAGAUCAUCAACACAAAACCCUCCGAGUCACCCGAGGAUGUCUUCCAUGAUUCCCUAUGGUUCUGGUCGAUCUUCCUGCUUCUACUGCCCCCCGUUGAUUCUGAUGAUUGUUCCAAGAACUUGGUGGAGAGCUGGAACCGCCUUACACAAUCCGAAGGUCCAUCUCUGCACUCUGCACUAAAUUUGUACUUCCUUCUUCUCUCGUCAAAUGACCACCGUGAUCAUUUGCAGCUUGAAAAGACGGUGAAGUACUUCCGCAGUCAAGUUCUUGUUCCACUUCGACAGCUCUUCCGUGCUUUUGACAAUGAUCUCACCGCCAAGGGUGGCGAUGGCCUGAUUGAAGCAGUUGUUGGAGAGGAAAUGUGCCAGUUCGGCAUUGCAAAUUCUGUGGGGCUUAUCGGACUCACCCUCGAUCAGAUUGAGGAGGUGAUCAACGAGCACUUUGGGACUGACGAUGCGGAUCUCAAGGCGUACUCAAAUGACGAGGAAGCUCGGGUUGCGGAAAUCCGGAAGGAAACUUAG